CUCACAUCCCUGAGUCUCGUUCUACAAUGUAUCAUCGUUUUAAUCCUACUUUAGGUGUUUGAAACUUACAAAGGAAUCUUCACGGGACCCUCGUUGAAGUGGAUAUACACAGUCUAUAAAAUUUGGCUGAUUGCAAUUUUCAGGUGAUCAUAAAGCUAGCUUACCAGUUUUUUGAUCGAGGAUGAGCAAUACGCAAGGUCAGUCGUGGACAGAGACAUUCUUCACUGACUGGCCUCUACCAGAUUGGAUCAAUGCAGGCCAUGAAGAUAAGCAAGAUGUCAGACUCUUCAACCCGCAGAGAAAAUGGAUGCUGGGAAGAUCCGCAGAUACCGGACGAUACUCUGAGUUUGGCAGAAUACAAGUUCUGUGGCUUUAUGUCCGACGUGGAGGGAUAUUCCACCGCCAGCAUGUGGCUAAGAUUUUCCCAGAGUACACUGAACAUGAUGCAGAAAUGCAGCUUAGACGCCGGCCCCCACGUUUCCCUAAGACGGCCAAGGAGCUUAGGGAUGAACUUGAUUGGUUUGCCAAUGAACUGAAAGUGUUCAGUCGCAUUGACGCGUCAUGUACAAGCUCUCAAAGGAUCUACUUUCCUGGGUUUCAUGGUGUCAUUGCCGAUCUCGAAAAGUGUCUUAGCAGUCCCUACGCUAAACAUCGAGCCAUUGCCCUAGAAUGUAUCAGGCCGAAACUUUCAUCACGACGAAUACUAGCAGCAUGCGACGAACACAGCCAUGGGAAUGAGUUCAGGGAUAAGCUGAGAGGUCUAGGUUCCCUGAGUGAUUUAGAAGUGGAUUACUAUGACUCCCUCUUCACUGACCGUGUUCGCCGACUUCUGACGUUGCAUCGCCUUGGAAUCACCCAUGGGGAUAUUAAAGAUGAGCACUUCAGACUUCCGAUGGAUUUUUUUGAUACAGUUCUAUAUGACUUUUCCCACUCAUACACCUUUUCACCGGUCAAGCCCUACUCAAUAAAUCGUGGUCAACCGCGUCCAUUGAAGAAUAUAUCAAGGGGCGAACAGACCGAGGUCGAAUGGCUGGUAUUUGAACGGGCAGAAAAGCUAGACCUUCGUGAAUAUCUCGUUAAAACUACCGAGGCCACUCAGUCAGUGAUCAUGGAUGCUCUGUUUCAACCUCUCCAAGAGGAAACGUCGGAACUACUAAUCCUGAAAGUUAGGUUCCGACCUGAUGCCUUCUCCAUGCCGUCGGUAAAUUCGGUCUUCCCUUUUCUAGAGGGUAUUCGUCCAGAUGGGGACAUCACCUGGCAUAUACGUCGAGCUCGAAUGCUAGGAGCCUAUACAUCCAUUUGGUUAAUCUCCAGGAAAGACAGAUCAGGGAAAAUCGCAAUAGAGUUCGUUACCGAACAAAGUCAUCCGAAAGACAGUGAAGAGGAAAGAAUAAAGUACUUGCUUUGUCUGAUACCUACGACAUGGGAGGCGGAGCAUAUCCACAAUCAAAUUAUCAAAGUCUGCUUGUCUUUAUCAUCUGUUGAUAAUGGCUGCAUCAAGUCUUGGGAUGAUCUUAUUCAACAUGCAUGAUCAUCAACAUCCCUUCAUACUCCAUUUUAUGCGGCGCUUUCUACUCGGCGUAUUUCCAAGAAGUACUAAAUACCCUGGAAAUAUUAAUGCCAAGUAGCACACAAUCGGCUGUCAUUAUCAAAGACCAUCAUGUCCAAUUCAUGAACAGUCUUCCAGGAGUUGGGGGCUCCGCUUGAGGCCUAUUAUUGUUGCAUUCUUUAUUUGUACUCUCUACUUGCUCGGCUGUGCCACUGCCUACUCAAAGCCACGCUUUAAAGUGUCUUGCCUGGAUUGGGCAACAUAUGGGGAUCGGAUAAGGC